GAGAAGAAAAAAGAGGACGGGCGCACACCAAAAUUCACCGCCCCUCUCCUCUCCUCUCUCCUCCGUCUGACCGCGAAGCUCCGUCCGUCCGCAUCGCCUCAUAAAUCCCCCUCCGCCCUACCCAGCCAGCAGCACCUACCGCCAUUCCCCCAAUCGCCGUGUGCGCCAGCCCCAACCCAAAUCCACUCGCCUCACCGCCACCGUCGCACCUCAUUUGUUUAUCAAUCACCAGCUCCCCUCCCCUCUCCCCCGUUCGUCCAAACAAACAAUCCGCGUUUAGAUCCGUCCGCUCAGGCGCUAGUGGGGGGAGAGGGGGAUUUAGGUGAACAAGCAUCUUGAUUUUGACCGGUCCCAGCUCGACCUGCCUGCGCGUUUCUCCUUAAAUCUCCUGCGGUGGAGGGAGGAGGGGCCGAGGCCGGACCAAGAACAGCUGCUGCUCCGGACAUCUUGGUUGCUGCUGUCCCAAGGAAGGCUUCAGGGGUUUCAGUAACAGGUUGCUCCGUUGCCUUGAUAGACUAAUUAAUAAUGCUGAGGCAGAGCUCUAGUAGGAACCACAGAUCGAAAGGUCUGAAGCUAAAGAAAGCUCUUCAGAUAAGUCUUUUGGUUCUUGUGUCUGUUUGGUUGCUCUACCAAGUAAAGCAUUCUUACGAGAAGAAGACGGCAUAUAAUGAAAAUGAUGCCACCAAUCACGAAGCCGGUGAUGAGCAUAAAGAUGAUCAGAGCCAGGUGGGCGUCAUCAAACUGGGCAGGAAAGACCUGCCAGCAAAGGAGGCCGAUUCGUCAACACUGGAUGAACGGGUUGAGGACGAAGAGAAUGAGGAGAUGGACCCAGAAAUGAAGCGCGAUGAGCAUGAUGACGACCCCAUUGAUGAGCCGGACCUGGACAAGGAUGAGGAUCUUCCUGAGCCUGGGGAGCACUCGGCUAACAAGGAUGAAGGGUCAGACGGCAGGGCUGUGUUUGAGGACGAAGAGCGUAAAGAGCGCUCUCAGGAGGAUCAAGAGAAGAGUUUCCAUGGUGAUGAUGUCUCUAGCGCUGUAACACAUGACCCUCCGUCAUCGCAGCAAGAUGUGCUGACCCAUCAUGCCCAAGAGAAGAUCUUGUUCGUGGAUGAUGCUUCAACUGCAGUUCCUCAUGAAAACCAGGAACCUGAGCACAAGGAGGAGGAAGAUCGUAAGGCUAGGGAGAAGAGUUCUGGAGGUGAGAACGUUUCAAGUUCUGUGGACCAUGAUGCCCAACUCACGAAUCCUCUCCCGGACGAACAGCUGAAGAACAUGGAUAGGAUCUUUGAAGGCACCACCAAUUUAUCAAAUGGAUUUACAUUCCGGGGUCCUGGAGUGAAUGGAAGCAAUGCUGUCGGGGAGCACGAGGCUUCAGGAUCUAAUGCGUCGUCCAACCCAAACAUGAGCACUCCCAGCAUGGUCUCGGAAAGCAAGACUGAUCCAACUCCAGUAAAUGUGACAAGCAACUAUGCUGGAUCAGUGACAAGUAAUUCAACCUCUUUGAAAGGUCAACAUGAGCAGCCAGUAAAUUCAACAGCAGCAUCAAACAACCAAACACAACUCUUAGCUGACCUGACAUCAGCCGAGCUGAAUUCUCCACCGAAUGGGACUACGGUGGCUUCGGGUUCAACCGAUGCCCAAAAGGCCACAUCUAGAGACGGAGACAAUGGCGGUAACAACACCGACACCUCUUCCACUCCGGCCAGCAAUAAAGAAGACGGCGGCGGCGACGCUCAGAAAGAAGACCAAGACGUGUCGACGAAAAUCAUGAACAAAGCGAUCGGCGAAGGCGAAGUUCUCCUGGAGUGAUCUCUCUCUUCUCCUGUUAGCCGCUUCUCGCAUGACCUGUAAGUUUGUAGGACCUCCAUCCAAGAUGAGCGCCGCGAGUGCCCUGCUUUUUGUGUAAGUUUGGUACGUGGGGACCUGCUUCGUGUUUGCCUAGGGUACAUCACGGUAUGCAUGGGGCAUAUGUGAUGAGCAAGAAGCUUGUGUUGGAAGAGACAUUAUACCACCCAUUCGGCAGCUCUGAAGCUUUGCUGCUGGAAUGCCAACUACUAGUGACAA